UCAGAUACUUCAGUGCAUCGAUUUCCUCGGUACGCGCACGUUGACAUCAAUGACGCGAGGAUGAUCGUUCACUGCAGAAUAUCAUGGAUGAUAAUCGCAGCGCUCAUUCUUCUCGCAUGCAUAUCGUCCUCGACAUCUGUGAAACUGCGAAAGCUACGAAGGAGGUCGACGACGACGAAAGCCCCGGUGAUCAUAAAAGUGAUACAUAAGUAUUCCGACGAUGAGUUCACGCACGGUGUGUCGUUCAAUUGCACUCGUAAUAAUUGCGGAAAUUCGCGCGAUAAGUACAGUUCCGACGUCGACAAGGCAUUGCCCGAGCAAGACAAGUUCCGAAAACUCAAGAAGAUCACGCUGCAAAAGGUCGACAAGCACAUUAAAUUAAAUCUUUCGAAAUCUUUGAGCAGAACAAAAAGAAAUCUCGGAAGUGAUGAUUAUCUUGCGCGAAGGAAUGCGAGCGAUUAUUAUGCGCAGCGAAGAGCUGUCAUGGAAAGAUACCAUGCUCGGCAGCGUGAAAUAAACGCGCGAUACGCUAAUCGGACGGCGGGCAGCAUCACGGGAUUAAGAUACAACGGCGUGCCUCAGCGCUACCCGGUAACGAACAACGCUACACGAUUUAGAAUCGAAUACGGGUAUCGUAAUAAGAACUCGACAACGGAGAGCGCGACUUCCCGUUAUUCACGAAUCAAUCUGUUGGACAGCAGAGAAACGUUGAGCAAUAGGAUACCGACCGAAUUAAACAAUCGACGGGACAUCGCACCGGAAAACGAUCUUGACUCUAAGUCCGACGUGAAUUUUGUUCAAAGAAGUAACAUCGAGAGAAACGCAUUGAACUUGACGGCCACAUCCUGCGGACCAACAUCUGGAACCGUCGCGCCGAAAACGCGGCAGAAAUCUAAGCAUUGCAACGAGACAGAAGAAAGCGAAGAAGACUCGGUGACGACCAUUACCCCCGGAAGUGAACGUUGGGGAGAAUGCAAAGGAAAACUCGUGUAUCAACACAACUUGCUUCUAGGAUUGACAGGACCCUCGAAUCUCAACGCUAUAUUCGAAGUGAUUAUUGAGGGUUCCGUUUGUAUCACUUGCGUGGAGACAGUGCGGUAUAACGAGACCAAGGCGAAAGUUGCGUUGGUAUCCGGCGGGCGUGGUUUCGAAUACGCGAAGCUCAAGCUAGAGGGUCACAAAAACGAAGGAUUUUCCUACAUAAUAAAGAUUUGGGGUGUCAAAAAAGUAGGUCAGGAUUGCGGUAACGUGGAGUAGUCGAGAUACGGAUAAUCUUGGAAAGUAGGUUCGUUUCUUUUUCGCCAAAUAACAUUACCAAUAAAUAUGAAAAGUCUUUUAAUAGAAACUAUUACGCAUUUUAUAAAUAUAUAUGUAGUCUUACUAAAUAAUAAUCAGCGAGAGUAAUCUCGAAGCACAAAUAUGAAAAUGAGCUAACAUGUACGUAAGAUACAUCGCAAAGAAUGCAGAAUUCCAUGAAAGAUACCUGCUCAAGCUAUAAAAAUAAUCCGUGCUUUCUCCUCUUUAAGCUCACCAUUAAUAUAGACGACAAACACAUUAACAUAGACGAGACUCCUCAACUUUUGCCGAACACCGUGAUGCAGAUAACUUCAAGCAAUUGCAAAGUUCAAUAUAAUAGCGUGACUAACGUAUAAAACGCCAAUUGAUUACACAACCACUCCAACGCGCCAACGAACAUGAUUGAUUUGAUUAUCUCUCCACAUGUAACAAAGGCCUUUAUAUCUUCUGAAAAAAAAAAUUUAAGAAAAA